AUGGCCUCCAAAUAUCAGAAGCUGCUCAACAAGCAUGUUGUCGUUAUUGGCGGAACGUCUGGAAUCGGCUUCGGCGUCGCAGAGGCAUCCCUCGCCUCAGGCGCCCAGGUGACCGUGUCAUCGUCCAACCAGUCCCGAGUCGAUGCCGCCGUGGAGAAACUCAAGGGAGACUUCCCAGACGGAAAAGUGACCGGCUAUACUUGCGACUUAUCCAAGCCCACCGUAGAACAAGACCUCGAGGAUCUUUUCUCUAAGGUCGGAAAGGCCGACCAUAUCGUCUACUCGGCUGGCGACAAACUUGCUGCUGCACCCGUUCAGGAAAUCACCUACGAGAAGAUCAUCUCCGCUGGUCAUGUCCGAUUCGUUGCGCCUUUGCUUGCGGCCAAGGUCGGAAGCAAGUAUCUCAAUCCUGGCCCAUAUUCUUCUAUCAUCCUUACGACUGGCUCUGAGAGCAAGAAGAAGCACUUUGAAGUGGUUACUGUGCAGCUACCUACGGGGAGGAUAGCUCAGCCUGUGGAUGUGGCAGAGGCUUAUCUGUUCCUGAUGAAGGACCCGAGCGUGACGGGGACGGUUGUGGACAGUAACUCGGGCGCGUUUUUGAUUUGA